AGUGUUUGCAUUGAAAAGAGAGGAGGUGCUAUUUUGAUUGAUAUUUCAAUGCAGUAUAUAAAGCAGAGGAAUUCUUCUCCCCCUCUGCUUGUCAUACUGAUCUGCAUAUUCUCAACUGGACUUGGGGCUAUUAGUUGUUGAAUCUGAAGGACUGAAACUGAUUGGGAAUAAAUAGAGUAACAAUGCCGGAACCCACCCAGAAAGCUGAGAAUGAAACUGAAGCAGAAAUUUUGCCACCUGCAGAAACCACGCCACCUGCAGAACAAAAGAAACCAAAAGAGGAUGGAACUGAACAGACUAAAGAUGAAGAUGACAGUGCUUCAGUUAAUACGCCACAAGCAGAUGGGACUACUCGGUCAGUGGAGAGAAAAGAUUCAGUAUGGUCUCUUGGAGAUGGAACUCCAGAAGAACCAGAGAAGCAUGACAAUUCCCAGAGAUCCACUUUAUUUAUUGAAAAACCACAGGGUGGUUCAGUGAAUGUUGGAGAAAAUAUUACAUUUAUAGCCAAAGUAGAAGCCAAAGAUCUUCUUCGAAAGCCAACUGUAAAGUGGUUCAAAGGUAAAUGGAUGGACCUAGCCAGUAAAGCAGGCAAACACCUUCAGCUGAAGGAGACAUUUGAGCGUCAUAGCAAGGUUUAUACAUUUGAGAUGCAAAUCAUUAAAGCUAAGGAAAACUAUGGCGGGAACUACCGGUGCGAAGUAACAUAUAAGGAUAAGUUCGAUAGCUGCUCUUUCGAUCUUGAAGUCCACGAAUCUUCUCAGGCUGCUCCAUCUAUUGACAUCCGAUCUGCUUUCAAAAGAAGCGGUGAAGGACAAGAGGAUGCAGGAGAACUUGACUUUAGUGGUCUCCUGAAACGUAGGGAGAUUAAACAAGAGGAAGAGCCCGAUAUAGAUGUGUGGGAGCUCCUGAAGAAUGCUAAUCCCAAUGAAUAUGAGAAGAUUGCAUUUCAGUACGGUAUCACUGAUCUGAGAGGCAUGUUAAAACGUCUGAAACGCAUGCGCAGAGAAGAGAAGAAGAGUGCAGCUUUUUCCAAAAUUCUGGAUCCUGCAUAUCAGGUGGAUAAAGGAGGUAAAGUAAGGUUUGUGGUGGAAUUGGCAGAUCCAACGGUGGAGCUCAAGUGGUAUAAAAAUGGCCAAGAAAUACGACCAAGUACAAAGUACAUUUUUGAGCACAAAGGUAACCAGCGAAUUUUGUUCAUCAAUAACUGCACAAUGGCAGAUGACGCCCGCUAUCAUGUGACGGCUGGUGAUGAGAAAUGCUCCACAGAACUGUUUGUAAGAGAGCCGCCAGUGGUGGUGACCAAGGCCCUGGAAGACCUGAGUACCUAUGUUGGUGAAAGAAUAGAAUUAUCCUGUGAAGUGUCUGAAGAGGAUGCAAAUGUGAAAUGGUUUAAGAAUGGUGUGGAGCUGACCAAUGAACCUAGAUCUCGAUACCGACUUAAGGUUGAUGGUAAAAAACACACUCUGAUCAUAGAUGAAGCUACAAAAGCUGACAAUGCAACCUAUUCAGUGAUGACAACUGGAGGGCAAUCAGCUGCUAAACUUGCAGUUGAUUUGAGACCACUGAAGAUACUGCAGCCACUAACAGACCAGACUGCGAGGCUUGGGAAAGAAAUCACCCUGAAGUGUGAGAUAUCUGAGAACAUAGAAGGGAAGUGGUACAAAAAUGGGCAACUUCUUCCAGCUAGUGACCGUGUAAAGUUAUAUCACAAAGGAAGAAUCCACAGGUUGGUUAUAGCAAGCUCCACUGUUGAUGAUGAAGGUGAUUACAUGUUCGUACCAGAUGCCUAUAAAGUUAACAUACCAUGCAGAGUACAUGUCAUAGAUCCUCCUAGGCUCCACCUGGAAAAUCUUGGUGACAAUAAUACGGUGACAGUAGUAGCAGGAAACAAACUACGACUGGAGAUCCCAAUCUCUGGAGAGCCGACUCCAAAAGUUAUGUGGAGUAAAGGGGAUAAGUGGAUCAUGGAGACAGGUGGCAGAAUACGGGCAGAAACUUAUCCGGAUAGCAGCUGUUUGGUAAUUGAUAUAGCCGAGAGGGAUGACUCAGGCGUCUACAAAAUAAUGCUAAAGAAUGAGGCUGGAGAAGACUCAGCUAAUAUCAACAUCAAGGUGGUUGAUGUCCCUGACCCUCCUCUUGCACCAAAUGUGACUGAGGUGGGUGAAGACUGGUGUUUUAUGAACUGGGAACCUCCAGCCUAUGAUGGCGGGUCUCCUCUCUUAGGAUACUUCAUUGAAAGGAAAAAGAAACAAAGCUCCAGGUGGAUGAGACUGAAUUUUGACCUGUGUAAAGAAACAACAUUUGAACCAAAGAAGAUGAUUGAAGGUGUUGCUUAUGAGGUCCGUGUAUUUGCUGUUAAUGCAGUAGGAAUUUCCAAACCAAGUAUGCCCUCAAAGGCUUUUGUUCCCUUGGCUGUCACCAGUCCACCAACUCUCCUGGCAGUUGAUGGAGUAACUGAUAGCACCGUUACAAUGAAAUGGCGGCCACCAGAUCACAUUGGAGCAGCAGGUUUAGACGGCUAUGUUAUAGAGUACUGCUUUGAAGGAAGUAUAUCGGCAGAUCUGUGUGAUGAAUUGGUGGAGCCAACUUAUGACCUGGAAGCGGAAGAAUGGAUAGUGGCUAACCCCGAGCUGACAGACAAAACAAGGUACACCAUCACUGACCUGCCAACUGGUUCCAAAAUUUUCGUGAGAGUGAAAGCUGUGAAUGCUGCUGGUCCCAGUGAACCUAGAUUGCACCCACAGCCUAUUUUAGUCAAGGAAGUUAUAGAACCUCCAAAGAUUCGUCUACCAAGACACUUAAAACAAACCUACAUUCGAAGGGUUGGAGAAGCUGUGAAUCUUGUUAUUCCUUUCCAGGGAAGACCAAGGCCAAAGGUAUCUUGGAAGAAAAAUGGUGCUUCCGUAGACAAGAACCAAAUUAACAUCCGCAACAGUGAAAAUGAUACUAUCAUCUUUAUCCGAAAGGCAGAGAGGAGCCACUCAGGAAAAUAUGACCUGAAAGUGAAAGUAGAAAACUUGGUGGACAAAGCUACAAUAGAUAUUCAAGUAGUUGAUCGCCCUGGCCCACCACAUGUUGUAACGAUUGAGGAUGUCUGGGGAGAGAAUGUUGCUUUAUCAUGGCAGCCACCAAAGGAUGAUGGUAAUGCAGCCAUUAUUGGGUACACGAUUCAAAAAGCAGACAAGAAGAGCAUGGAAUGGUUCACUGUAAUUGAGCACUACCACCGAACCAGUGCCACCAUUACUGAACUCAUCAUAGGAAAUGAGUACUACUUCCGGAUCUUCGCUGAAAACAUGUGUGGCCUCAGUGAGGACGCGACAAUGACCACAGAGAGUGCUGUGAUCGCAAAGGAUGGUAAAGUCUACAAAAAUCCAAUUUAUGAAGACUUUAAUUUCACCGAAGCACCAAUGUUUACUCAACCUUUAAUUAACACAUAUGCUGUAGCUGGUUACAAUGCUACUUUGAACUGCAGUGUUCGAGGAAAUCCAAAGCCCAAAAUAACCUGGAUGAAAAACAAAGUGACUAUAAUAAAUGAUCCAAGAUACAGAAUGUUUGGUAACCAAGGUGUCUGUACCUUGGAGAUCCGCAAACCCAACCCUUAUGACGGAGGUACUUACACCUGCAAAGCAGUCAAUGAACUUGGAGAGGCAGCGGUUGAAUGCAAACUGGAAGUGAAAGGUGGACUUUCGUUCUUCAGACUAUUAAUGCAAGGGGUGCCUCCACAUAUCGUUCAUUCAUAUAUGCAAGAAAUGCAAGCAGGCAACCCUGAGGGAAAGUGAGAGCCUGUCCACACAGUGCUUUCCCGCCACUGCGUUGGAAACUGGUAGCCAGCAUUACAGCGUUUUAAUUCUUGCAAUAGCAUCACAACAGUGUGCCUCCCUGCUUUUUUUUCCCCUUCCUGCUGCUGAAAAUAAAAGUUACGCAUGGAUUGCUUUGGGGUUGAAAUUGAAGCCAAGACACAUUUUGUAAUGUUCAGCAUUGUUUUCUGUUUGAUAAUGUGUUUUGUUUGUUUUUUAAUGAGAAAGGAGAAGAAGCCGUGUAAUACGCAUGAGAAGACAAUCUUCUACUUUGUACUUUGUAGGGCUAGGCAUAUUUUUGUCGGAGUGAAAGUAGACUGAUCAACCAGUGGCAAUCCAGUAGGGCCUUGACAUACAUACCUCUUUUGAUAAUGGAUCUUAUUCAUCCAACAGUAGUUCAAAAGAAUACGGUUUUGCUAUAAACUGACUGUUUAAUACACAUGCAUUUAAUGGUCAUUUCAGUUGAAUAUUUCUUCAUCUAGAAGAUUUAUAUUUCUUAUGAUUCACCCACAAAUCAACUUUCUUUCAACUGAAAUUAAAGUGUUUUAUUUAAUGUACAAUAAACAUGAAGUGUUUAAGACCUACCAAAA